AGCCCCUCUAUAAAAUAACUAGCUGUGCCUCUCUGAUCCCACCACAGUCCCCUUUCGUCUUUUCUUCUCCAAAAUCACUCCAGCUGUUUGCCAUUAACACGUCCAGAUGAGAAAAUGCAUGUGGAUGCAAAUAGAGCAAAGAGGAACUUGAGGAGCAGCAGUAGCUGGACUGGACUCGGACCAAUCAUGUUUCCUUCUGGCCCUGCCAUUCCCUCCAGAUGUGAAGGGAUGAGGGGAUAUUUACUGCUGGCUCUGAGUUGUAUUUUUUGUAUUUAUGUGACUUGUGCUUGUGACUAGAGAUCUUUAUCUGGGUGGCUGGCGACAGGAAGGUUGUAGGGGAGCUCAGCAAAUCAAAGUGCAAGGCCCAUGGAAAGGUCUGAGGAAAGGACAUCUCAGUAAAUCUGUCCAUGCAGGGUUUAAGGUGUUGAAUAAAAACAUGCAAUGGAAUGCAUGCUGCUCAAUAACUCCUUCUCCCUGUACUGUGACUCAAGCAAAGAGCCAAUUGUUUUACAGGCUUGGAUUUUACCAUUGUCAAAGAGCUUGUAAACUAACACUUGUCCUUUUCUUGUUAUUUUGCUCUUCUUUGCAGAACAGCGUGCCAGUCGACCUUCCCUCAACCCGAAGCCUCAGCAGUUUCAGCACUUGGAAUCCAAUUCCCCGAUCAAUGACAGAACGGCUGAAGUUAUUUCGGGACUUGCACAUGACCUGAGCGUUUGAGAAUGUAACUGGGGGUCCUUUUUCAAGGGCACGCCGCGUACUGUCCAGCCAUCCAUACCAAGAGAGCACACUGUACUGCUGUUUCGCCUGAAGACCAAGACACCCAUCGUUGACCUCAGCAAUGCCGGCCAAAGCGCCCAUCUACCUGAAGCCCAACAACAGCAAGAAGGGGAAGAAAUGUCGCCUGCGAGACAUCCUGUCCCCGGACAUGAUCAGUCCACCGCUAGGGGACUUCCGCCACACCGUCCACAUCGGCCGGGGCGGGGAGAGGGACGCCUUCGGGGACAUGUCCUUCCUCCAGGGGCGGUUUGAGCUGCUGCCGGGGCAGGCGGAGGUCGUCCACCCGCAGUGCGGCACGCAGAGCGACUACCAGAGGACCUGCAGCACCUCUGACGCCUACUUCGCCGAGACCCCGUCCCCGGUGCUGAAGAACGCCAUCUCGCUGCCGGCCAUGGGCGGGGGCCAGGCCCUGACGCUGCCCCUGAUCAGCUCCUCGGCGUUCCCGCUCCCCCCCGCGCCCCUGGAGGACAUCCUGGGUCCCACGGCCGCCAUGAAGCAGGACAGGGCGGACGCGCUGGAGAGGAUGCAGACGGACGCGCUCUUACACUCUAUGGACGUCUUCGCCGAGGAGCCCACGCAGCCCUCUCCGAGCAUGCAGUCGAAGCCCGACGUGCUCUUGGAUCUGCUGGGGAAACCGUCGAAGCCGGCCUCCAAGGCAGUGUCUGAUGCUACCAAAAUGAAAAAACGGGACAAGAGGUCUGAGAAGCCCCGGUCCUUUAAUGCCAACAAUCUCAGCAAAAGCAGCUACAAAACCAACGGGAGCCUGCACAGUGACGCGAGCAGCGACAGCUACGAAAGUUUCGACGGGAAGGGAAACUUCAUGGGCCACAGUCAUGAGGAGGAAAUCUACAACGGCGACGGCAGUCUCAACAGCACGGGGAACUGCGAUUUUGGACCAUUUGGCAACAACAUAACCAUGGGUUACGAGAAGGGGCCUUCUCGUUUCAGCGGAGACUACGCAGACAGGGACAGCGGCGUGGAGGAGGGACGGGUGUGUGACUUUGACUAUGAGUUCGGCAAGGAUAAGAGAUUGUCACGGGAUUCCCUGGUCCAGAUUACCGGAUCUAUGCUCUCGCUUGAACUUGAUCUGGGCCCAUCCAUCCUGGAUGAAGUGCUCAACAUAAUGGACAAACCUUCAGCCAAGAGCCGGCCCUGAACAAUGCAGAGAGCCCCUUGAGGGAACCAAGGGAAUGUACGGACAUUGACCUCGCAAAGCAAUCAGAACGGUGUCUGGAUGUAUCGCUGCAAUAGAAUGAGUUGCAGAAGGCAGAGCUGCUUAUAUUUUUUAUGUUUGAAAUAGAGAACUAUUCUAGCUUCUAUGGAGUGCUGGUUAUUCUUCAUGUUUUUCAGUCAUGCUAUCAGCAUGUUAGGGUGCAUGCGCUAUUCUAUUAUAACUCAAACUCAACCAUUGUGCCUUUGAUUUAGCAAUUAAUUACUGAUAUCGGCUACAAAGUAUAGACUUGUGGUUUACGGACUAUUGCAGCCCAUAUACAUGAUUCUUUUGAAAGUGCUUCGGGUGUCCUUAUGUCUUCAUGGCUUUUUUAUUGCACAACCUUGACCUUUGGUUUCCUCGUUUACCUAUAUGCAUUUUUGUGUGACCUUCAACCGUGUUUAACAGAGCACUCUUUUGUUUCGUCACAUGAUCGUUUUCCUUGCGAGUAGGCCUAUUUCAUAGAACUCUAUGCAUACGCACAGAUUUGUGUUUUUACAAUUUACAAUGAUACAACACAAAUAAAUACAUUUUGUCGUA